AUUUUCAGACCUGGGAGUGAGUCAUGGGCAAAAGCUGUAAAGUGGUUGUGUGUGGCCAGGCUGCAGUUGGUAAAACAGCUGUACUGGAACAACUACUGUAUGCUAACCAUGUUGCAGGUUCAGAGCCCAUGGAGACCCUGGAAGAUAUCUACAUCGGCUCCAUAGAAACCGACCGCGGCACGCGAGAGCAGGUGCGCUUCUAUGACACCCGAGGGCUCCGCGAUGGGAUGGAGUUUCCUCGACAUUACUUCACUUUUGCGGAUGGCUUCGUGCUUGUCUACAGCAUUGACAGUAAAGAGUCUUUCAAGCGGAUGGAGGCCCUGAAAAAAGAAAUUGACCGUCACCGAGACAAGAAGGAGGUGACCAUUGUUGUGCUGGGUAACAAACUGGACAGGCAGGACGAGAGGAGGGUCGAGGUUAACAUGGCCCAGAACUGGGCCAAGAACGAGAAGGUGCGUCUGUGGGAGGUGUCGGUGGUGGAUCGGCGCACGCUGAUCGAACCCUUCGUCUACCUAGCCAGCAAAAUGACCCAGCCACAGAGCAAGUCCACCUUCCCUCUCAGUCGCAACAAGAACAAGGGAAGUGGUUCUACAGACAGCUAAGUGAUAAGACACUGGUGCUAUGUGAAGAGUGAGUAAGGAGACAGGAGAGGGGUGCAGAAUGGAAUCAAACCCUUAGUAUCUAUUCAGAAACACUGAAGCAUUGAGGGAGUAGACGCUCUUUUGGAUAAAGUGGAGAGAAAGAUGGUUGAUUGUAGGGACGUUUAUUUUGACAGGGGGUGCUAUCUAAAUUUGAUGUGUGUGGAAAAAUAAGACUUUGUGAUGACUUUGUGAGAAUGCUGAUGUUUUGGCAUAUCAGCUGAGAAAUGGACGAAUACUGGGGUUUGGGUUAGUCAUUCCCAUUUUAACAGGUUGUGUUAUUGUCAAACUCUUCAUCAUCCGUAAGCUAAUGUUCCUGUCAUACUGAAGUUCUUGAGCUGCUGACAAUUCACAUUUUAAUCUCAGUUGAUACUUUCAGGGUCAGAAUAUAAAGGUUGGCAGACUCCUGGCUCUCCCCGUGUUGAUAAAUUAGAACCUAUCUCACAUGUACACUGGCUACAGAUGUAUUUACAUGAACACUACAUGUAUAUACAAGCUGAACUCACUCUUGUUACCUGAUGAUUGCAUCACACGAAUGCUGAAUUCUUCACAUUGUAAAAAGACCCAACAUGUGAAGGGACGUUUAUUGACACAUUAUUGAUGUUGUACAGUAACUUUACUGUUUGCUGAUCCAGAGAUUUGUUACACCUUUUAUGUUCCUUAUUGUGGAGUGAAUGAUUGACAUUCCUUCAACACAUAUUGCCUUCUGCACAAGCUUUAGAAGAGCACAUGUGUUCUAAAA